AUGUCGCAUCCAACCCCCAAUCUCAAAGAUCGCUUUGAAAAAAGUGGAUUCAUCAUCGUCCCCUCGGGAUUAAACAUCGAACAAUUAGACGAACUACGAGAAGCCAGCCAGAAAGUGACAGACUUAGCAAGAGAGGGCAAGUGGCCACAUAUUCGGACGUUGCCUCGCCAAUUCCCUCCAUGGCCUUCAGACCCCUCCUCCGGAAUAUGGGGAGUGCAACAGCUCAUGAAUCCYUCGUUACCGGGCCACGAACUUUUCACCAAGACUUACUUCUCGGAGACCAUCGUCUCUACUGUACGGGAACUUCUAGGAGGCUGCAGUGAAGAGGCUCUUGUCAUGGAACUCUACAAUCUUCUCGUCCGUCCGGAUCAUGAUUUUGAGCUUAGAUGGCAUCGAGAUGAUAUCCCACCCACUGCAACGCCUGAAGAGCAAAUGGAAAGAUUGAGCAAACCUUCUUAUCAUGCGCAGUGGAACUUUUGCCUGUAUGAUGAUGCUUCACUUAUUGUAGUACCAGAGUCGCACAGCCGGGCUCUAACCCUGGCAGAGAGCCAGGCGGACCCCUUCGAGCCAAAUAUGCCAUCGCAACUUGUCGUAAAAUUAGAGGCUGGGGACAUGGUAUUCUACAACAACAACAUCCUUCAUCGUGGGAUCUACAAACAUGAUGUUGAAAGAUUGACCCUUCAUGGAAGUAUCGGACAUGUUGAUGGAGGGUCUCUGCGAGCUAGAAAUGUUCUCCAGCAUGGGAGAGAUUGGAUCGCAGGCGUCGAUUUUUCACAGGUGGAGAAUGUUGGUAGAGCGCGUGGGAUGCGUGACCGCUUGUUGGAGUUGGGAGCGAAGCACAAGGAGACGGGAUUCUCACAUGAUGACUAG